UUAAUCAUUUAUAUUAAUAUAUUACAGAUACAGGGAGUGAGAAAAAAAACAACUUAUUUUUUCAAUACCAUGAUGGUGUUAAUGGUAUUCAAAUUGAGUAUUUUGGGGAGCCAUUUUCAGUUGAAAAGAGGGCAACCUUGCAGUGUUCACAAGGUCCCAAAUACUACAGUGCGAAGACUACUUCUGAUCAACUACCUGAUCACCCACACGGAACCAAAAAGAAGUUCUGGAUACAGAACACCAGAAAACUCGAUUGUCCAGCAAUGAUGCAUGUGAAAUGCAUAAGAGUGUACCCUGAAUUUGCUGCACCCAACACGGAGCGGAAGAAACGUGCUAUGCUGAAGAAACUGAAAGCAUUAAUGAAAAAUAAAACAGCUUUGAUAAGCUACCUUCGUUAUUAUAUAAAAGUAAGUAGCCCUGAGAAACAUAACCACUCAACGAUUUGCACUCAACUCUCCCAGGAGAUACAUGGGGACCUGGUAACAGAAAUUAAGAGAUUAGUAAACGAAGGAAUUACAGCCAUUAGGGAUGUAAAGUUGCUACUCGAACAAUAUGUGCAAAUAAAAUUCUCUGAUGACAACAUGCCUAGCAGGAUUAAUAAGGCAUUUUACCCAGAGAAAUCAGUUAUCUACGCUCAUGUGUACAGAGCAAUAUUUUCACAGAAAAGAGACCAGAUUGACCAAGAGGUGUUGCAGGAAACCAUUGAUGAAUGGAAGAGGCAAAAUAACGAAGACAGUUUUUUUUUCAGGCCCUUUGAAGAGGUUCGUGAUGGAGAUGUUCCAACUUUAUUGUUUUGUCACCAAACAAAGUGGCAACAGAAGUUACUAUUGCGUUACGGAAGUGUAUGUCUACUUGAUGCAACAUACAAGACUACAAAGUAUUCUUUGCCACUUUUCUUUCUAGCAGUCAAGACCAAUGUCGGCUACAGUGUUGUUGGUACUUUUGUGGUGCAGUCCGAAAGCACUACAUUAAUUGCGGAAGCACUGAAUGUAUUCAAGGAAUGGCUUCCUGAAUGGAAGCCACAAUUCUGGAUGACAGAUUUUAGUGAGGCGGAAAUAGGUGCAAUAGACAAGACCUUCCCUGAAAGCACAGUUUACCUGUGUGCAUUUCACCGAGAGCAAGCCUGGUUAAGGUGGGCCAAGAAGAGUGGUAAUGUAACACCUGGUGAUGUAGAAGAUAUUUUAAGUAUGUGGCGCACUAUUGCAGCUUCUAGAGAUGAGCAUGAGUUUCACUUUAAUGUAGAAAAUAUGAACACUAGCAACAUAAUGCUACGAAACCCUUAAGCAUCUCACUAUUUUUCUACUCGGUGGCUAUUUCAAGCACACAGGUGGGUACAAGCCUAUAGUGAAAAAGAUCUUGUGACAAUUAUUAACACCAAUAAUGGAAUUGAAAGUCAAAAUAAAGUGCUGAAGCAUUCAUAUCUGUGUCACAGUUCUGAUAAAUCUUUGACUGGAAUGCUCAAGACAGUUAUCAACAGCUACCUACCAGAUGUAUACAAGAAAUACUGCUACAGUAAUUCUACUGUCAAAAUGUUCAAUUCAGAUAUUCCAUCAUAUUUGAUGAACAGACCACGGCAUUUUAUAAAACACGUCCUUGCCAGAAUAACUGCUGCUCAAACUGACUUCAGCAAGGACUCCAUUACAGAAAUUACUGAAGGAAUUUUUGGGGUUCAAAGUUCUACAGAUAAAACCAAGUUUUACUGCGUUGAUUUUCACAAUGCCACGUGUAGUUGCAUGGACUUUGUCACUUUUAGAUUUCCUUGCAAACACAUGUGUGCAAUAUUUGAGUUUUUGCCCAACUGGAGUUUUUUUCAGCUAAACACUGCAUAUAUUAACAGCUGCUACAUCACACUUGAUGCAGAAAACAAUUAUUGCACCAUUGGAAAAUUAAGUGAAUCUUCCUCUAUCUUGGACCAAACAAAACCUCAAAGUAUAAAAAAAUAUAUAUAUACAUACGAGUUCUAACUUAAUUCAAGAAAAUUUUCGUGCUGAGUUAAAGAAUUUAACGGAAUUGUCAUAUUUAUGCACAGAUAAUGAUUUUCUAUUGAAAACAACAAUGUUGUUAAAAGAGCAAGGUAAAGAAAUGGAGGGCAAAAUAAAAAAAUGCUGUGGAUUACCCCUUAUAGACAAACAACCAACACAAAAAACUGCAAAACAAAUUAAAAAAAGAUACAAGAUGCUGCCCUUGCGCAAAAAGCACAAGAACAGAGGGACCACCGAACAAGGAAUUUCGAUUGACUAAUGGGCUAAUUUGUGUACCCCCAUGAGAAGCUCACAGAGGUUGGAAUGCUGCCUGCAAAACUCUUUACCACUAUGACUAGCGUAAGUGAAUCAGCAAAAACAAUAAAUUUGCUUUGCUAUAAAGAGCAUGAAACAUUUUACAUGCUAGGAAACUACCACUGUAAUUAUGCAGACAAUAAAUUGGUACUCUGUGAUUGCACAGAUUAAUUGUUUAGGAUUUUCUUAGUUUAGUUCACCUUGUGUAUUGUGUCAUUGUCAACAUCCUACGGCCUGCUCACCUAUUGUCUGAAAGUACAUACUUAGUAAUAUAUAUAUAUCUGUGUGUGUGUAUAUGUAUGUAUAUAUGUAUAUAGAUGUAUAUGUGUGUGUGUGUUUAUUCACACACCCACAUGAGUUUAUCCUAAAAAUAUUUCAAAUUGC